AUGAGAUGGGUUAGAACACUACGUUCCAGAUACUGCCCAUCCAUUAACGGUGUUUUAUUGUUAAGUAAAAGUCGAAUUGUUAGUUGUUUUAUAGUAGCUGUUCGUACAACUGGCAAAGUUUAUCUAAAUGAGGUUCAAUAUCCAUCAAAUGAUCAUGAAGCAAUUCCAACGUUUGUAAAUUCGUGCACGACAGAAGGGCAUCCAGCUGUGGAUAACACGGAUACCUGCCGAGUAUUAAAGGAAUGUUCCAAAAAAGCUAGCAGUUUUACCGUCGAAUCGUUAGCCAAAUUUCUGGACGAUCGUUUUUAUGAAAUUAAUGGGUUACAAAAAACAGCACAACAAUUAAUUAGAUCAAUUGAAAUGUGCAGAAUCGAUAUUAGACGAUGGGGAGGAAGAAAUGAAGCCAACAAAAAUCGUCCGUAUUUUGAGGGCCACGAAAGACCAGACGUCCAACAACAUCGAAAAGAAUUUAUUGAUCAUUUUUUAUCCAACAAAACUGAAUAUUAUUUAUUGAACGAUGAGGAAGUAUCAAAAUGGAUCCAGCCAACAGCACCAAAGCCCAGAGUUUUGAUUUGUCACGAUGAAUCUACUUUUCGUAGUGGAGAGGUUAGUGCGCGUAGGUGGGUGAUCGAUGAUUCGGCACCCUUUUUUAGCAAAGGUCGUGGUCGAAGCUACAUGAUUUCCGAUUUUUUGGUCAUCCAUCCAUCGUCACCAUAUUUUCAAUUAAGUCCAGCUGAAUGGAAUCAAGCAACUCAACGAUAUCCAAAAUUAUUGGAAGAAGUAGAUAUUAUUUAUGAAAAAUUUUCGGCAUCAGCAGCAAUAAAUAUUGGAAGUGAUUUAUAUAUGGACAACGAAUUGAUUUUAGAACAAUUUGAACGAUUAUUUCAAAUGUUACAGUUCAAAGAAGAAUACAAGACGCAUACUAUUGAAGUGUUAGUGGAUAAUGCAAGAACUCAUACUAGCAAGGAAUUUAGUGUUAAUGAUUUUGGUAUGAAACCAGGUAUCCGGUGUCCAGUUCAAUCAAUUGAAUAUUUAGAUCCAGCUACAAAUCAACGAAUAUCAUUGUGA